GAGACCUCAAAGCAGCAUCAUGAUGGAAAGGAUCUUGCUGGGUGUCCUGUAUCUCUCAGGCUGGUCCAUCUUCUCCACAUGUCGUCUCCAUCAGUACCACUUUGUUGCUCAACGCAUGAAGUGGACUGAAGCUCAGACCUACUGCAGAGAGACAUACACAGACCUGGUCACCAUUGAAAACACUGAAGACAUGAACCAACUCAUCAACACAGUUUCAUCUGCUAGUCAGGUCUGGAUUGGUCUGUACAGUAACAUUGAUUGGAAGUGGUCAGAUGGGUACAGAGGGAGUGGAGCUGAAUAUAAGAACUGGGAAAAUCUUGAUGACAAUGAGCCAGACUUUUACGGGGGUAAGCAGUUUUGCGUGAACAUUGGAAACAGUGGAAGAUGGUGGGAUGAUGGUUGUGCAAUUGAAUAUCCAUUCAUCUGUUAUAAUGGAACACAGCUGGAUCCUGAAUUUGUUGUUGUGAAUCAGAGUAUGACCUGGUCCAAUGCUCAGAGGUACUGCAGGGAGAACUUCAUAGACCUGGCCACUGUGAGGAACAACACUGAGAACCAGCAGAUCCACAACUUGGUGCUGACGAAAGACUGGACAUGGAUCGGCCUGUACAGAGAUCCUGACUCCUUCCUUUAUAACUGGUCUGAUGGCAGUCCCUACUCACUCACCACAUGGGGUGAUAAACAUUCAGUUUCAGGAUCACUCAGAUCGAUGAUGUGUGGUGUGCAGGAAUCAAACCAAUGGACAUUUAAGUCCUGUGAAGAGAGAUUUCCAUUUGUCUGCUACAGCAUCCCUCCUGGUGAGUGGUUUACUGUCCUUCAGUGGAAGCCAGAGAAUGCUGCAUAACUUUAGCAUAAAUCAUGUUUGAAUGUACAUGAAAAAAUGUAAAUAUCAC